AUGUCCCCGCAAGGAGGAGAUGACGUCCCCUCACCAGACUCCUCGCGUGCUACUGGUCUCGCCAAUGUCUUCCGCGGACUAACCGCGUCGAGAUCGAGUCGGUCGUUGCCGUUAUCGUCGUCGUCGUCGUCCGUCGCCCUCCCCGUUGCCGAGCUCGUCAAUGCGACACCCGACGCCGGCGGUCACAGCAUGUCCGCUGGCGACAAGCCCGCGGCCAGCACGAUGGACUCGUACGACCUCCUCAAGAGCGGCAGUCUCAACGAUCGUAUAGCCGCCGCCACCAACCUCAAGCUCGCCAUAUCCGAGUACCCGCUCAACCCCAUCCUCGACAUCUGGUACGCCGCCAGGGACCUCAUCGAGCCCGCCAACCCCCCCUCCGCCCGCACCGCCGGCUGGGAGCUCCUCUCCGAGUGCGCCAAGCACAACUCAUCCACCGACCUCGAGCGCAAGGAGUUCUUCCAGACCCUUACCGCCCCGGCCAACCCGCACGACUUCCACCUCCAGCUCGCCGCCCUCGUCGACCUCACCCACAGCGGUCGCGCCCUCAACGGUUUUGACUACGACCUCGUGCCUCUCCUCACCGUCUGGCUUCAGGAUGCUUACAAGGCGGUCCGCAAUGCCCGCAAGACGGCCUCCACCGCUAAGGGAUCUAAGGGCUCUACCAAGACUAAGACUGUCGUCCUGGGCGAGGAGAAGAACUUUACCCAACUCUUCACCUUUCUCAUCGACAUCCUCAAGUUCAGCUUCAAGUGCGUCGACGACGUCUCCCUUGCUGGCCUCAUCGAUGGACUGCUGAACAUCUGCAUGAGCACCAGCGUUGAGGAGGACCUGAGAUGCUGCAUCUCUGUGCUCGACGCCCUCGUCACCUUUGGCACCAUACCCAACGACAAGCUCAAGGGCUGUAUCCAUGUGCUGAGCUCCAUAUUCUGCCUCGUCCCCAGCCUCCAGAAGGAGUCCUGGCAUACCCUGGCCAACUUCUUCAGGUCGCACAAUGGCCAGGCCACCGUCCGCAUACUGCUCGAUGUUUUGCGUGGUCUGCUGACGGACCCGGAGAAGGAAAAAGACUUGGGGAGAGAAAUCAGGAGCUCCUUGGCGGUUCUGCAGAAGCUGCUGUCCAAGACAGCCGAGAAGGGCUACCCCCCUGUGCCCUUUGCGCUUCUGGCCGAUGGCCUGCGUACAGCUGUCAAGGCCAGCUCGUCCACCCGAGUCUACGUGGCCAUCCUCCGCAUGAUAAACUACCUGUUCUGCGAUCAGAAUGGCCAGAUGCACCGUCUCAUCAUUGACGAAGACUGGUCCAUAAUGCUGCAGGUGGCCGCCGACUGCGCCGCCAAGCUUGGCCGAUACACCGACAGCCAACCUGCACGCUUCUACGAUAACGGGACAUCCGACGACCCGAUAGGAAAAGAGGUUCGCCAGCUUAUAAGCCGCCUAGAGACCAUCGUCGCCAACCACAAGACGGCCACAUUCGUGCCCCGUCGGACAGUCAUCAAGCUAUUCGUGGAUGUCUAUCAUCUACUACCAGACUCGGCCGCCCGCACCGUGCUCGAGUACUUCCAAGAGUUUAGGAGCUGCUCGCCAUCCGACAUCGAGUGGGAAAAGAAUCUCACGCUGGUGCUCGACGGCUUCUUUAGCAACCGCAAUCGAUCUUCAGAGACAAGGCUCCAGGCUCUGCGCACGAUAAUGGACGCGUACGAGAUCUUGGAUCUCAUCUCGGACGAUUCUGAGCAGGAUUCAAUCCCGAGGCUUGCCAGGAACAUCCUGAAGGACAUCGUCGAGGAGACGGACGUGCCGGUCCUCGACGCCGUCAUGUCCCUGAUGGUGUCGGUCGUGACGUCGUGCGACAUGGAGCUCUUCGAGCACAUCGUCACCGCAUUACGGGGUAUAGUCGACAACAACGCCCUGAGGGCGCCAAUGUCCCCCGGUAUCCUGUCCGGGGCGGCGACCGCGUCGCCGGGCCGGAACGGCGAAAAGCCACAGGCAGGGAGCUCUCAGUCGCCCUCCAAUGUGGUCAGCCGAGGGUUCGUCAAGAUGUUUGUUCAAGUAAUGAACCAGGAUGGCGCCAAGGGCGCCAAGCUUUUCGACGCGCUUGUCUACAUUGCCCGUCUGAGCCACUGUGAGAUGGAUGCCCGCCUGACGGCCAUGAAGCUGCUGUUCCGCCUGCGCGCAGACUGGGCCAACAUGAUCUUCGUCACCCGGGAGCUAGAGACCAACUAUGUGGCCCCCACCCUCCUCCGCACCGACGACUCACUGGCCAAGAAGCAGGCCGAAGAUGCGGCCCGGAUGUCGCGCGGCGAUCAUGGGAAUCUCGCGCGACCAACACGGGGUCUCUCCGUCAGCCACAAUCAGGGGUCCGAGAAGGCGCUCAGCGGACGAGUACCUAGUGGAUCCGGAUCUAAGGGCCUCCCUACCGCCCAUUACGAUCAGUUGUGGAAGCUUCCGGACCCAGACGCUCUGCCGCCCAACGUCCCGACCCUGACCAGCCCGGUGCUGUCAUCGUUUGAAGCUCCUGACCAAGGAGGAGCGACUGAGAGCGAGGAUCCGGAGGAAGGCCAGGGAGAAGACGGAAGAGAGGGGGACGACGACGACGACGAAGAUGAAGAAGAAGCGGACGAAGAGGAAGAGAGCAGUACUUUCGGCCUAGUGUUUUCUCUCAACAUGCAUUCGUGGCUGGAGGCCGUGCUCAGCAUCCUGAAGGGCAGUGAUUGGGAGAUAUACAGCUUUGUGCUGGUCCAUCUGCCGUCGCAGCUCAGCAACCAUGGCGUCUUCAAGGGGGCCAUCAAGCAGAUCCAGGACCUGCGGAAGCUCAUCUGCGAGCACGUGCAGACCAACAGCUUCCACGAGCCGCCGAACGCGUGCGGUCUCCGACGCGCAGAUGUGGCCAUCUGCCUGUUCCACAGCCUGACCAUGAUCCUGAGCUACCACGAGCACUUCCAGAAGGGCGACGAGGACGACAUCGUCAAGACGUACGUGUACGGCAUCAGGGCGUGGGUGCGCACGGCUCCGUGCUGCAUCCACGCGCUGACCAUCUGCUGCCACGAGCUGCCAUUGUCUGCGAGCAAGUCGCUGGGCCAGAUGCUGAACCAGAUGGCGGCUAUCAUCACGCAGCCGGAUGUGGCGAUCCACAUCCUCGAGUUCCUCGCGUCGCUCAGCCGGCUGCGUGACGUGUACGUCAACUUCCGCGAUGACGAGUACCGCACCGUCUUUGGCAUCUGCUUCCGGUACCUCGAGUAUGCGCGGGACAAGCGGCAGUCGAACCGGGCCAGCUACGCGAGCGAGGGGCCGUCGGCUCCGUCGGCUGGCGGCGACGGCACGGACCCUGGCGCUACGCACCCCAACGCGUCGGAUGACCUGCCGCAGUACGUGUACACGCUGACCUACCAGGUCAUCUUCUUCUGGUUCCUGGCGCUGAAGCUGCCUGACCGAGCGACGCACGUGGGCACCGUGACCAAGAAACUGUUUGCCGACACGGACAGCUCCGGCAACGUGCUAGAGGAGCAGGCGCUGAUCGCGCUCGACUUCAUGCAGCGCACGACGUACGCCGACGUGGACGAGUCCAAGGAGGAUCCCACGUUCAACGAGGAGCGGUUCGGGGAGAUGGCGACGCGGCGGUGGGUGGUAGGCAACAGCAUCAUCAGCAUCAAGCAGUCCGUGCGGACGGGAUGGGCGCAGAUCACCAAGCGGCAGCCGUCGGGGACAUCGUCGUACAUGGUGCACGAGUACCUCCUGCCGCGGCCGCUGCACCACGCCAAGAAUCCCGCGGACAUGGGCCGCGACGGGCAGGAGUCGGACAACACGAUCCUGCCAAGCCACCUGAUGGUGCAGCUGAUGGCGUCACUGCCGCAGCCGUCGUACUCGGGCGACAGCAGCGUGUCGUCUCGACCGGUGCCGCUCCCCGACGACGAGGCGACGGACCGGACGCUGCGGGUGAUUGACCUCACCCCGACGGUGGACGGGCACAAGGUGGGCGUCAUCUACAUCGGCGAGGGGCAGACGGAGGAGACGGAGAUACUGGCCAAUGUGUCGGGGAGCAGCGACUACGUCGAGUUCCUCAACAACCUCGGCACGCUGACCAGGCUCAAGGGGGCGACAUUCAACACGCAGGGCCUGGACCGAGAGAUGGACAUUGACGGGCCCUACGCCUUCUGCUGGCGCGACCGGCUGACCGAGAUCAUGUUCCACGUCACGACGCAGAUGCCCACCAACCUCGAGUUUGACCCGCAGGUGACCAACAAGAAGCGCCACAUCGGCAACGAUUACGUUAACAUCAUCUUCAACGACUCGGGCCUGCCCUUCCGCUUCGACACGUUUCCCAGCCAGUUCAACUACGUCAACAUCGUCAUCACGCCGGCGUCCCGAGCGUCGUUCAUGGCCACGCGCGAGGCCCAGGCUCAGACCCGGGCUCAGACCCAGGCCGGCACCCAGGACGGCAAGCGGCAGAAGCAGCACGGCCAGCCGUUCUACCGCGUCCAGGUCAUGAGCAAGCCCGGCUUCCCACGGAUCAGCCCGGCGUCCGAGAUCAAGAUGGUCUCACUCAAGGCUCUACCGGACUUCAUCCGCCUGGUGGCCCUCAACGCCUCCGUCUUCUCCCUCGUGUGGCAGAACCGUUCGGGCGGAGAGUACGUCAGCGCGUGGAGGAGCCGUCUCCGGGAGAUCAGGCGACUCCGCGAGAGACACGGUCCUCCCCCUCCUCACCCCUCCCACACUUCCCACCCUCACACCCUGUCCACCGGUGCCUCCGCACCCACCGCACCCCAGCAGCAUCAACCCCAGCUGGUACAACCCCAGCAGCUCCCCGCAUCCCAAGCUACCGCUAGUACCGGCACCGCGCAGCAUCCACAACUGUCGUCCAGCGACGCCUCCAGACCGGGAAGCAGCAUGCGCGACAGCUUCACCAGCCUCCGACGAACGAGCGUGGCCACCUUCUUCACCAGCAGCACCAGCGAGCAAACGUCCCAUCGGUCGUCGAUGCUAUCCGGCCCGACGGGGACGAGCGAUACCGAGAUAACUGCCCAAGCUGAUGGACUCAGUGAUUCGGUCGACUUUUCCAAAUGGGCAUAG